AUGAUAAAAAAUAACAAUAGCAUUGUAAAUAAUAAUAAUAAUAAUAAUAAUAAUAACAAUAGUGACACCAACAAUAAUACAGAAUUGUUCACACGAAUUUGGAAAAAUAUAGUAAUUAGAAACGAAAUUUUAUUUUAUUGUAGAUUAUAUAAAAAAAAAAGAUUCCUUUAUACAUAUAGUAGGAGAUUAUUGUUAGAAUAUAAAUAUAGAAGCUAUGUAGCAGAUUUAUACUUUGACUAUUUCUUUAAUGAAAACUUGUACCCAGGUGAUAUACCAGAUAAUGUUCAAGCAAUUACCUUUGGAGUAUGUUUUAAUCAGUCAUUAAAAAAAAACUCUCUUCCAUCGAAUCUACAAACCAUAACCUUUGGCAACUACUUUAAUAAACCAAUUGAACCAGAUAUACUUCCACAAUCACUAGAAACUAUCGAAUUUGGUGAUGAUUUUGAUCAAGAGUUUGCUCAAGGAGUUCUACCGAAUAGUCUCAAAUCACUUUAUUUUGGAAAUAAAUAUAACAAACCAAUUGAAAUAGGUGUUCUUCCACCAAAUCUCGAGCAUUUAAAGUUUAAUGGAUCCAAAUUCAAUCAACCUAUCAAACCUUUCUCGCUACCCCCAUCAUUAAAGUCUAUUUUCCUUCCAAUGGGGUUCAAACAAGAGCUAAAAAGUGGUAUGAUACCCAAUGGUGUAGAAAUACUUAAACUAGGUGGCUUUAAUAGUCCAAUAGAACCAUUUGUUAUACCUUCAUCUGUUAAAGAGCUUGACUUUUCUUUUUUCUUUAACCAACCAAUCAAAAAGGCUAUUCCCUCAUCUGUGGAAACCCUUUCGUUUUCAUUUAAAUUUAAUCAACUCCUAGAGAUUGGUGAUAUACCAAAUAGCGUUACAAAGUUAACAAUGAUUACACUAUAUGACCAACCACUAUUACAAAGCAAUGGCGAAAGUAUAAUCCCAUCAUCAGUAAAUACACUAUAUAUUGGUAGAUUUAAAAGACCGCUAGUACCUGGGGAUAUUCCAUCAUCAGUAACCGAUUUAACAAUUCAUGAACUCUAUAUUUAUAAAGGAAUAAUACCACCAAGUGUUAAAACACUCACACUCGAAAUGAACUACCACGAAAAAAUAAAACCAAAUGAUAUACCUGAUAGUGUCACCAACUUAACUCUUCUUGGCAACUUCAACUGCUAUAUAGAACCAAAUGUACUACCGCAAUCAAUUACAUCACUUACUUUUGGAACACAUUUCAACCAUCCAAUAGAUAAUGUUUUACCAUCAAAUUUAAAGAUUUUAAAAUUUGGACUAGUCUUUAAUCAACCCAUUCACUCUCUUCCACCAAAUAUCGACACUCUAAUAUUUGGUAACAAUUUUAAUCAAAAGAUUAUACCCAAUUCACUCCCACCAAAUCUUAAAACUCUUUCAUUUGGAUUCAAUUUCGAUCAAGAUAUACUACCCAAUACAUUACCAACAUCAAUCACCUCAUUAAUAUUUAAAAAUCAAAAAUAUAAAAAUUUAUAUAUGCCACAAUCAACAAAAAUAAUAAUUAAUAAAAACUAUUCUUUAUUUUGCUAA